GAAAAGGGUCGAAACAUGAGAUGAGAUAUGAACCUAGCGCUUUCUCCCCCUUUCGUUCGCCCGUAUUGAUGGAUGCCCCCAAUCUCUCCGGCGCUCUCUUUCUUUUCUGACAUCGGAUCAGAAUGGAGAUCGUGGUUAACCAGAAAAUAAGAUUGAACCCAGCAGCUUCAGAUGGCUGCCCUCCUCUUGAUGGUGAUGUUCUCAAAUAUGACUGGGCUCAGCUUGACCGUGAUGUUCUCGAAUGCAUCUUCAAGCGCCUGGAUUUCAUUGACUUGUGUCGCACAAAAACAGUUUGUCCAUGGUGGACCAAGACCUUUGCAUAUACUUUUAAGAAACUCCACGCAUGUCCUGCUUUGCCGUGGCUAGUUUUCCCUCCUCAAGAAGACAACGAUCAUCUUUGUCGAGGGUUCAAAACUGGUCGAUUCUGGGAUUUUGAGGACGAUAAAUUCUACCCAUUCAAUAAUAUAGCCGCUGAGAACUAUUGCUUUAUCGGCUCUUCUCAUGGAUGGUUAGUAUGUUUAGACAAACAAGUUGUUCCUUUCCUUUCAAAUCCUUUCACUUUUGAAAAAAUUCAACUUCCCCCAUUGGGUUCUUUGCUGGGCAUAUCUGGUUUUGAGAGGACAGCGAAUGGUCAGUAUGAGAUUGGUUUGAGAAUGCCCGAUGAAACAAGAUUCAUAAGAACACUGCGAGAGCGCUUUGUCAGAAAGGCAGUACUCUCAUCAUGUCCGUCUCAUCGCCACAAGUAUUAUGCAGUGUUAAUCUAUGGCCCGGAGCUAAGGCUAGCUUUCUACAAAGAUGGUGACAGCUCCUGGACUGAGCUUGUUGGUGGACAUAAACCCUAUGAACCCUAUGAAGACAUCAUAUGCAACCAAAAACAGAUUUACGCGUUGACCUCAAAUGCUGAGCUUGAUGUGUGGGACAUAAUACCAGAUGGUCUUCCCAUAAAGAAGAUGUACAUCGAGAAUGACAUCUGGAGGACAUUAGAUCACAUAUAUCUUGGAAACCUUUGUACUCGAUAUUAUUUGGUGGAAUCGGCAGGAAAUUUAUUACUUGUAAUAAGGACUAUUAUCAUGUAUUUGAAAGAUGCAGAUGAUGAUGGAGAGAGCAACGACACAAAGAUGACUUGCUACACGACCUUGACGUUUAAUGUUUUCAAGUUGGACACCAAGAAGAAGUUGUGGAUAGAGAUCGGUAGUUUGGGGGAUCGUGCGCUAUUUGUAGGUAGAAAUGAGUCCAUAUCGAUUGAGAUCAAGGAUUGCAAGUCAUUUAAACAGGAUUCAAUUUACUUCUCAGAUGAUUUUUGGGCUUCCUUGGAGGCAGAUCAUUUACGUGGACAACCUGACAUUGGCUUGUUCUGUUUUGAAGAUAGAGAAAUCCAAUGGCGCUAUGAAUGUGAGACAGAAAAUAUUGGAAGACCUUCAACUUGGGUUGUACCACAUCCCUGGUAAAGACAGCAAGAGCAACAUCAGGAAUAGUUUUUAUUUAUUUUUUCGAUCAAAUUGAUGUAUGUUUUUUUUACCUCUUCAGAUUGAGAUAUAUUUAUGUAGCUUAUAAAAUUCAACCAUUUUGUCGUAGCUUUUUCA